ACACAAAGGUCCUCCCUCAGCAUCGCAAACCCUGUGCAAACACCCAUCACGUAUAUGAGGGGUGUAUGUCUAACACUGGGAGCUCUAGUCCACUGGAGCAUCCUCGGUGUGAUCACAUCUCAGCCUGACCUUCAACAUGGCACUGACCCUCCUGGAGAAGAUUAAAGUAUGGCUCUUCAAGGCGGUCAUGGGAGUAUUUUACGGGCUGUUUUUGCUUCUCUCGCCUCGGAGAGACGCUCUGUCCGGCAAGAAGCUCCCUCCCGUCACCAACCCUCUGCUGCUGGUGUCAGCGGCGCAGCUGGCCAAGAAAAUCCGGCGUAAGGAGGUGUCAAGUGUGGAGGUGGUGCAGGCUUACAUUGACAGGAUCCAAGAAGUCAACCCUCUUCUGAAUGCUGUUAUAAAAGACAGGUUCGAUGAUGCUCUCCAGGAGGCGGCCCAGGCUGAUAAGCUGAUUGAGCAGGAGACUGGAGGAGAGGAUGUGCUGGAGGACCGACUGCCUUUACUGGGAGUUCCAAUCUCCAUCAAAGAGUCUCUUUCACUCCAGGGUAUGCCACACGGUGUAGGUGUGGUCUCAAGGCGAAACUUCAUCCAGUCCACUGAUCCUCCAGUGGUGGCCUAUCUGAAGAGAGCAGGGGCCAUCCCGAUGGGCGUCACCAACACCCCUGAGGUGUGCCUGUGGUAUGAGUCCAACAACCGCCUCACCGGCAUCACCAACAACCCGUACAACCUGGAGAGGAUCGCAGGAGGAAGUUCAGGUGGGGAGGGCUCUAUUCUGGCAGGAGCAGGAGCGGUCAUCGGCAUAGGCUCCGACAUCGCCGGCAGCAUCCGUAUGCCCGCUUUCUUCAACGGAAUAUUUGGCCAUAAAACCUCAACUGGUAUCGUGUCCUCUGAGGGAGAGUUCCCUCCUUGCUCUGGCAGACAUGAAGAGUACGAAAGCGUUGGUCCAAUGUGCCGCUACGCUGAGGACUUGCUGCCGAUGCUCAAGAUCAUGGCAGGACCCAGUGCUCAAAAGUUGUCCUUGGACACAAAGGUUGACUUAAAGAAGCUGCGGUUCUUCACCAUCCCACACGACAGUGGCUCUUUUAUGGUGUCCCCCGUCAGCAAAGAACUUAUGGAGAUUCAGAGAAAGGUGGUGCAGCGUCUGGAGGCUGACCUCGGAGUCAAAGUCCAAGAAGUGCGCUUCCCUGAGCUCCGCCACAGCGCCAAUAUCUGGCUAUCGUGCAUGGAUCUUCCUGACGAGGACGGCAAGCCCCCUCAGCCAUUCGCUGAGCUGUUUGGGGAACCAGGGCGACCCAUGAGGCCCUUUUGGGAGCUGAUGAAAUGGAUGGUGGGAAAAUCAGACCAUACCAUGGCUGCAAUCGGUGUGAGCAUAUUUCAGGCGCUUAAACCGUUCAAAGCCUCGACCGCAACCUUUGACGUCGAGCAGAAGGAAAGUCUGCAGAGGAAGAUGGAGGAGCUGUUGGGGACUGACGGCGUGUUUCUUUACCCUUCGCACCCCAGAGUGGCUCCCAAACACCACCACACACUCUUCACACCGUAUGACUGCGCCUACACAGCUGUAUUCAGCAUCCUCGGGAUGCCAAUCACCCAGUGUCCUCUGGGUCUGGGUAAGGAAGGUCUGCCUCUCGGAGUACAGGUCGGUGCUUGGAGGCUGCAGGACCAUCUGACCCUCGAGGUGGCUCUCUACUUGGAGAAGGCAUUCGGAGGCUGGAGGGACCCCGGAGCAAGCUGAAACACCCAAUCUUCAAACUGGAACUGAAUAUUGUCGCCUGCUAUUGUACACUAAUAUCAAAAGCUACACUUAAAUUGUUGAAUGUUCAAGCGGAAGAGAUUGACUUUUGCACUGACACAGAAUCAGCUGUUCCAGUAAGUCUUGAAUGUAUAAUUUGUCGUGUUCGGUGAUGUCAUGUUGUGUCAUCAGCACAAGCUAUAACAAAAAAUAUGUAUUUAGUGGAAGUGUCAUUCACAUUAUCACACAAAAUAAGGCUUCUGCGUACUGUUGCAUGUCUGUUACUAAGACUAGGUCUGCUGUUAUGGGUCAGCACAUGGCGGGUUUAAAGGUUUUAAAUGUCCUGCACUCCCACACAGGUGUUUCUGUUGUCCUAAACUAAACGACUUCUGCUCAGGUUCACACUUGGUGGAGUCUAGCUUAGGAGUCCAUAUACACAUUAAAGAAUCAUAAAGAUGUAAUAUGACCUGCGUGUGCAGGCGCAACUAACCUAGAGAGAUGACAAUGAAGUGUGGUCGUGGACAUGCUCAUAUAUCACGUCGGCCAGAAUAAUGAAGCACCUGUGUAAAUGUGUCGUCGUUUCUAACUCUUUGUUGGACGGUCAGUGACACACAGCCACAAAACAAACAAAUAAAAAAGCCUAACCUUCGCUGUGUGGUAAUGUGAAUGUUGCGUAGUUGCAUUAAGUCGAUUAAAGUUUCAGUUAUUAAAAAAAGUCAUGGACACUCC